AGCGUCGUCUGUUUGUGCGCACUGGCGACCUGGCGUAGUUUCCGGUGGUUUUAGUAUUUGUCAAGCGAAAUGGGUAGAGUAGGACGCCUGAUCUGUAUACAAGAGAAACGUUAAAACCUGUGCGCCGCAGUUCGACAGGUUCUGUCUUGGGGAAGGCUGCCAUGUACACCUCUAGUGAACUGGAAGGGGAAGUGGACCACUCCUUUUUUGACAGUGAUGGGGACUGUGGAAGAAAUGUUGGAGAGAAAAGAGAGAAGGACUUGAAGAUGAAAAAGCGAAUUUCAAGCACACUUCAGAGAGAAUCUGUAAAACACUCUGGACAUCUCGCUGUUGAUCUGCACUCAAGGACUGAGAAGACAAAGAGACACUUGAAGGAAGUGGAAAACAAGAGUGGCAACAAAACUGAUGCAUCAUCGAUUUCUUUUAUGCAGGAUGAACCUAUACAUGAAGGCAAAGAUGAGUUAAAUCUGCACUCUAAAAGAGCCAGUGGAGCAUUUAUGACUAUGCUAGCUGACAUUCCAAAUGAUGGGGACAACCAGAGAUGGAAUGACACGAGAAAAAGUGCCUUAGCUUUCCCAGCUAACUCAAAUGAGCAAUUACCUAGAAAACUGGUCAAAAAUCAGCAUCCCAAAAAUUCUCCUCCCACUUCAAAUGAGGCCAGCACCGACGCAGAUUCAGAGAGUUCUGUCAGCAGUCAGAGAGGUAUUUUAAAUUCCUCUAACCUCUCCAAACCCACCAAGUCUUUUGUACGCCGUAAAACAAGAGGGACCAGACGAGGCUCAACUGAAUCUCAGGAUUUGCCUAACAUGAGCACAGAUGAGUCAGAUGGCUCAGUGACAGAUGUGAGUCCCCUGUCUUCUCCUGAUUCUGGCUCACUCCAGUCAUUAAGUUCAGAGGCUGAGAAAGAAGGUCAUGAAGCGCAGCAGGAGCCGAAAACUCUCCCCUCCGGUGCCUUCAGCAACGUUCAUCAAGCAGUGGACUCAAAUCCAGAUUUGAAUGAGUGUUCGUCUGGGUUAGAAAGCCAUCUUGAGCAGAAAAUGGUGCUCCAGAUUUCUGGAGGGAUUGUUCGGAAGAACUUCUCAUUUUCCAACAGUGAGGUCCGCCGCAUUGAUAUUGAGAACAAGCGUCUCCUUCAGGCACUGUCAAAUAUUUCAUCAGGGUCCAGAGCAGAAAAGUUGUCAAAAAAGAGCACUUGUCCGCCCAAAGGCUCUUCAGUGACUUUUUACGCACAUAAUGCACAAAACAGGGACCGACAACAACGCCGCAUUCAGCAAGAGAACCUGGUUUUCCUAAAGAAACUGCAAUCCACCAAAGCCACACCUGGAAUGAGGCGCGUCGAUCAACUAGCAGAUCACCAGCGGCUGACCUCAAUGCCCAACUACAGGUCCUAUAGUGGUGGGUCCAGCAGAUUGCCCUGUGCGUUAAUAAGACCCGGUCCAGUCAUCUCCAGUGCAGCUCUCAUUAACACCUACACCAGAAGGACAUCUGUUCCUGGGUCAAGCAUACGAAGUACUAGCAGUCCAGCCUGGCGUUAAGACCUCUGCUAAUAAAGAGCAAUUUCUUUCCUUUUCAGCAUAUGACUUUCACUUUUUGAUGUUGAUUAAUUUCUACAGUGCAAAGCUUAGAACAUAUUUAUGCUUUUAUUAUUAUUUCAUGUAAUUUACUCAUGCUGCUCUGUUUGUUUUCUGCUCUUCAACUAUUUAUCCAUUUAUGUUUUGAUAUCAAAGCCAUUUGUAAAUAACUACACUUACUUUAACCUUUUAAUUCAGUCAGAAAUCUUGGCUUUAAAAUGUUAAUUGAUGCUGUGGUUUGAUAUUGUCUGCAGAGUAAUUUUUAAACAAUAAAGUGCAAAUAUGUUUUGGUAUUUGUUACUGUUUACACGUGUGUGAUUUGUGAUCUAAUAAAACAUUGUUUUAAACCAGAA